AUUCUGACUCAUUGAAUCAUUGAUACGUUUGACAAUGCUAAAAUUGAAUAGUAAUAAUAUAUAAUAUUAAUUUGUGUUAAAAAUAUAAAAUGUUUACUAAAAGAAAAUACGGUGAAUUUAUUGAAAUAUGUGCGUUUAUUUCGUUGGUUAGUUUAACAAUGACUGGGGUAUCAUUGUUAACACAAGAUUGGAUAAAUGGAAGUGCCUCUGUUGUUGAUAGUACAAAUGAUGUUCAAGAUUCAACAAUUAAUUAUGGUCUUUGGGGUGGUACAUUGAUUAGAAAAAUAACAUUGAGUCCCAGGGAAUAUAACAUAUACAUAACGUGUUUGUACAGUGAAAAUAAAUGUGCAUGGAGUUGUCGUGAUUCAUCUGAAACAAGAAUAAUGGAAAUUGAAAAUUUAAUUAAUGGACAAAAACCUCUAUUUGAUUGUCAACCAAUUUUAUCAACGAAAAAUAUAAAAUUAUCAACAAUCAAAACAACAAGUGAUACAAAUACUGGACAAUUUUUAAAUGCUGGAAUUUAUUUGAGUAGUUUAAUUUUUAUUAUAACAUCAUUUAUAUUAUAUUUUAUUUGUUUUAUUUUGGCAAUUGUUAAUUGUGUAAUAUGUCCAACACAAUGGUAUUUAAAUACAAGGGGAAUUGUUUAUUUGACAAUUGGUGCACUUAUUGUUCAUGCAAUAGCACUGAUACUUUUUGGAUUUUUUUAUGAUUUUUGGAUUGUUGAAAAUAUUGGAAUAUUUGAUACAAUUGUUGGUGAAUAUAAAUCAAUUGCACAUUUAGGAUAUUCAUACUGGAUUUUUAUGUUUACCUGUAUGUUUCAUACUUUGAUAAUAAUUCUUCUACGAAUCAUGGAUAACCGGCUACGAGGUGACAGAGCUGAGACAGUUAUUGUUGUUGCACAAAUAAAUGAUCCAACAACAGUUUUAUAUUAAUAUAAAAAUACCAAAAAAUAACCAGCUAUUUAAUAUCAAUUAAAUAAAUAAUAAAUUGAAUUUAUAAUAAUUUUUUAAUUGUUUUUUUUUUUUUUUUAUAAACAUUAUUUAUAAACAUGAUAAAAAAAUUCUAAAAUAUAUGUGAAUCUGUUUUUU